AAUGCUUUGGAGUUGGCAUUUAUCGACAGAGACAUCAUGGAACCGAAAGUGUUCGUCUACAUUAUUGUCUUCCUCUUCGGAGUGAGUGACUCUAAACGAGAGAAAUGUGCUGUAAAAAGAAAAGACUGCGAUAAACCAAGUUUCCUCAGAAGAUACUACUUCAACGAGACAAAGAGGCGGUGUUCCUCUUUCUACACUUGUCGUGGCGAAGGAGACAACUUCUACCCAAGGAUGAUGGAGUGUGUCAGAGACUGCAAGCCAAAACAAAAACCAACAAAGUGCUACGAUGAAAAGGCAAGAAGAUGCAGAGGAGACAUGCCCGGCGAGACAGUCUGGUCGUACGAUCUGACAAAGAAGAGAUGUGACAGAGCUGAAAAUGUUUGCUACAGUACCAAGAACAAGUUUGUAUCGGAGGAGCAAUGUUUAGCAGAAUGCUUUGGCUUCGGACGGAAGGGCCUGCUACAGAAGUACAAAAAGUCGAAGAAACCAUCGACGCCAAAGAAGGAGAAAAAGUCCGCUAAGAAGGGUGAUUGAAGAGGGAUACGGGAGGGACUCCGUCUGAAGUACCAUGGAAAUGGAAAUGUAUCACACAUUGAUUGAUUCACUGAUUGAUAAAUAAAAAAAUAUGAAGAUGUGAAAGUCGGGAAAGGGGGAACGUCGGGCCAUACACACAGACUAAUCUCCCUGUGGGCGUAGACUUUUCUAUGUAAUUUAAUUUGUUGUUUGCUUCACUUUGGAUCGUCCCCCAACAAUGGAGAAUAAAGGUGUGUGUAAAACGUC